CCGGCGGUAGUUACGAAACGACGACAUUUGUAGCAACUGGCGGAAUAUUUUCUCAGCAAGAUUUUAUCGAAAAAUGGAUACGUUAAGCUCAAAGAAGGCUCUGUACCUUCAUAGAAUAAAAAGUACUAAAACUAAGAUCGACUUCGCUGACAUCAGCACUUUUGACAUUGCUCCAACUCCCCCUAAGGAGCCAAAACCCGAAGCAAGAAAAUUGCACAGGCGUCACAGAAUCUGUGCUCAGAAAUUGAACACAUACGAGGCAAAAUAUGAAUCUACACAAGAAUCUGCGACACAUAUAUCCAGGACAGAACAUGAUAAUGGAAGUGUUUCUAGCGAUUUACUCGCAGCUAGAGAUCCAGCUUUUCCCUGGUAUUGUCCAACACCAAGAACAGGAAACACAUCUGUCAACAAGGAGGAAGAUGCUAUUUAUGAACAUGACAAUGUUGUGAAAACCACUUUCGAAGGUCAACGAAAAAACCCAUCUCUCAAUGAAGCAAUCAAUGCCAAUCCUAUAAGAUACCCAGCUCCUGGACCCAGAGAACAGUUGGCACCAAGUCCUUUUCCCGUCAACAAGAACAAACUGGCCCCUGUUGUGGACCCCAGAAAGAAUGUUGCAUCCAAACCACCCCGGAAAGGGCCUCGUCCGGUCAAGGCUAAACAUAUGCCCGUUUACAAAGAAACUGUAAAGACCACUGCCAUUGAUCAUCCGAUUAGAACUUCUCUGCCUAAACCGGUCAACAACCCUAACCCUAUAAGAUACCCAGCUCCUGGACCCAGAGAACAGUUGACACCAAGUCCUUUUCCCGUCAACAAGAACAAACUGGCCCCUUUGGUGGACCCUAGAAAAAAUACUGCUGUACCCAAAACUCCCCGUAAAGGGCCACGUCCGGUCAAAGCCAAGCACAUAUCUGUCUUCCAUGACAGUAAGUUUUGUUAUACUCUUAAAGAAUAUGUAGCCAUAUUUGUA